CUAAGCCUUGAAAGUUGUCUUACCAUCUGUUUAAAAGUGAAGUGUCAUAGAGCUAUAAUUUUGAAGUGUUGGUGUGAAGGACCAGGAAUCAGAACGGGAAAAAUUUCAGAAGUGGAAAAAUAUGUACAGCGAUUGAAAGGACUUUAUGAUACAGACCUUACGGUUAUUAUGUAUAUACACAUUGUAUGCUUCCCCAGAAUUUGUAUCUCCCGGGCAUGUCCAGGCUUAUCCACUUACCUGCUUUUCUGCAGACUGGCUGGAGAAGCUGCAGAGAGGAGACAGCCUCCAUUCGCCCCUUCUUUCCCCGGUUCCUCCCACGUUCCUCCCUCUUUCGCUUGUGCCCCUAUCCUGAUUUGCUCCCCCAUUUGUCUGUCUCAUGCCUCACCCUAUAUUCUAUCCCUUUCCCUGCCUGACCUGCUAAAGAAUCCGGCACACGCCUCAAUAAACGAUUCUACCUGCACCCUACCUUGUGUCCCGGACCGUGCUGUGCCACGGCCCCGUCCCCCUUUCGGACCACAGCAUGUUGGUAACAGGUAGAAACAUGAGCGGGACAGAGUUUGGGCUUGACAUGUUCUCCCUGUAGGUUGAUCCACCUUGGAAUUAUUUUGGGGAUGGUUUAUCACAGCCCAGUCUCCCUCUCACACAUUGUAGUUUGGGGGUCGGAGCCAAGGGCUGGAGUUAUUAAGAAUCAUACUGCCCACAAGUCAGCCGAGGGAGCCACUGCAGUGGCCCAGGCCUGUCAUCUGGCUGGUGUUGCAGGGAUCUGUGCCAUGUCAUUCUGAUGCCAUUUGUAUACAUGAGCACCUGUUGAGGCUGGGCCUGUCCAUUUCACUGUUCCAAUUACUACUUCUAAGCAAAGGCCGGUGGCAACAAGCAGCUGUAACCAUAAAGGAUGAGGAUAACUGUAAGGAGCUACAGUUGAACAGACUAAGAAUUCAUGCACUGCAGGACUCGGAAUCCUGUAGUUUCAUACUUUAGGUAGAAGAACACAGUUUAAUAAGAUUAAUACACAGUUUAAUAAAAAAAUACUUAAACUAGACUUCAAAUCUCACCUUCUUUUACAGGAGAUAAUUUAUGCUUUUUCUCCUUUAUGCACUAUUCAACAUGCUUGGGUCUUACAUUUUACCUUUAUAUUGGUUCAUUUAUGUAUUUAUUACUACUGUUACUUUAAUACUAAAUGUUACAGAAAGUUCUUUAAGUUCCUGUCAGAGAUGCUGUGAAGGCAAGUGAGGAAUAUGUUAUAUUACUUCCUUGCUCUGCACUUCACUUUGGAUUCUGCAUCUCUGUAGGUUUCUGCAUCAGUCUUUCUGCAGUUUGUUGGGGCCAUUUGAAAGAGUCAGUAUUGUGGGAAGUAGUUAGAAAAUGCGGUAAACUUGCUAUUUGCAAAAUUUGAGCCCAUGUAGUUGUACUUAUACGAUAUGCUCUGAAAUAGUACUGUAUGUUAGUAAUUAGAAUGGAAACUAGCAGCUGGUGUUUCCUGACUGUAUGUAAAAUUAUGAUUUUACUGUAACUCAUGCUCUGUUCCUCCUUUGGUGCCAGCUUUGUAGGCAAAUUUGAUCACUCCUAGUUGUCUCUGGUCACUCAUUUUGAGAAGGAGCAUUAAUGUUGAAAACAGUGGGUCUGUACUACUAGCCCAGUCAUCAUACAGAAGUAAAACUUCCUCUUAAGGAAUUUUGCUGGAACAUUUGAUGGGAAGCAAGAAAAAGUGAAACCUCCAUAAUUCAACUAUGAUAAAAUCAGUUGCUUGUUCUUCUCACUUGGUGUAUUUUCCCAGGGUUUCAGGGUUUUUUUGGCUGAGUAAUGUUCAUCUGCUUUAAGUACAGUUGAUGUAAUUAUCCUGUCAGACUAAGGUGUAUCAAAUGUAAAGAUUUUUACAGCCUGUCUGUAUCAAAAGUGUUUAAAGGAGAAAAGAACUGUGAAAUCUUUUGAUCUGUGAUAAGCUGAAUCUGAGCCAAUAGUUUAGUAUCCAAAUUUGCUCAGUUUACAAACUUUUGAGUCUUUCUGAUUAAUUUUACCAUGGACAGGUAUCGUGUUUAUAAUCUUGGAAAUUAAAACAAUGGUGCAAUUUAAUUACUAAGAAAAAAUUACAUUGAAGGAACUCAAAUCUGUCUACAGUUUUGUAAGGCUGAAUAUUGAUAUUCCUGCAUUCUUGGAGCUAUACUUUUCCCAGUAUUUGUUUUGAAAUGCCAGCAAUAUCAAAAGCUGUUCUUGAAGUAAAAUUUAGGGUAGUCACUCAAUUUUUAUGCCCUGAGAAAAAUCAUUGUCUGUGUGACAUGAAAUAUCAAUGCUGCCUUAAGUAGAUCAAAGUAACAGGGGACUGCAAGAUAAAUUGAGGAAUAGAUAGAUUGGAUGGAUCUCAGCAUAUCAUUUCACAAAAACUGACCCUUUUGGGGGAUGUGUAUUUAUUUUGAUGGGACUUUGACAAAAGCAAAUGAAAAUACUACCUACCUGAAAUUGUGAUUGGAUCAAAACUGCUAAUGCAUUUGUGUAGUUAUGCACAAAUUUAUGGCAGAGGCACCUCAGCCUCUUACAUCCUGAGGCUGCGUCAAGCUAGUCACCCUUCCCAGUGCAGUGUACACUGAUUGACAGUGGUGAGAAUAACUCUCCCAAAUGGACUCCAACCUGCAGAGAGAGCUCUGGGACCACUGUAUAAUUAGUAAUGCAACCAUGACUACCCGGUAAUUAGUAAUAAAGUGUUACUUGUUUGUGUGGUGCAACGGGACUGCCUUUUGUCUUGCGUGUGCUUUUGGAGGUCCCAAGUGCUAUUGGCACAUAAGGCUAGAGAAGACCUAGAGAUUGGAUGGGGCAAGGAUGAUCCUGCUCAGUGCCCAGCUGGUGCCAAGAAAUGCAGUAUAUUUAAUUCCUGGUCUCUGUUAGAACAGACUCCCGAAGCUACUCCACACCUCUGCCCCUUGGGGCGAUGCGUCCAGGCGGUGGGUGGUGCUGCGGGUGUGCCCGCAGGGCUGUGUGAGGCCUCGAGCCCCAGAACCGGUUUGUCGAGGCCAGCACAGGGCACCUCCCUCCCCACACCGACCUGGGGCCCCUUCCCUUGCGUGAGGAGGAAGACCAGCCAGGGGCAACGAUGAAGGGUCUGAGCCGCCUGCUCCGCACCGAGGAAGAUGCUGUGCGGGGAGCCAUGGCAGCCAGCCAUGAGGGCCUAUUGCCAGAUGAGAGAGAAUUUCAAUAUGCUGCUAAAAUUAACAAUUUGGAAACCAUGGAAAAGCUGUUUAAAAAGAAUGUUAAUUUAAAUGCUGUAGAUACUCUGAAGCGCACUGCGUUCCAUUUUGCUGUUGCGGGAGGUCAUGUAUCAGUGGUGGAUUUUCUUCUUCAUCACAAGGCUAGGCUUGACAUAUCAGAUCAGCAUGGCCUGACAGUGAUUCAUCUUGCAGCUUGGACUGGAAAUCUGGAUAUAAUGCGAAAAUUAGUUAAAGCAGGUGCUGAUCAAAAGGCUAAGAAUGAGGAAGGAAUGAAUGUACUGCACUUUGCAGCUCAGAACAACAGCGUUAAAAUAGUUGAUUAUUUUCUCCAAGAACUUCAUCUGAAUGACUUGAACAAGCCUGAUGCGAAAGGUAAAAAGCCAUUUCUUCUGGCUUCUGAGAAAGGCCAUGUUGACAUGAUAAACAAUUUGAUUGCUCUGAAACUGUUCACAUCUGAAAAAGAUAAGGAGGGAAACACAGCACUGCAUUUAGCAGCCAAAAAUGGUCACAGUGAAGUUGUAGAAAUUCUGCUUGAACAGUGGGAGGAAAUAAAUGACCUCAAUCAGAACGGAGAAACUCCAUUUUACUUGUCUGUUAAAGGAGGUCAUGAAAAAUGUGCUGAACUCUUACUGGAUGCAGGGAGUGACAUCAAUGUUUUAACUCAGAAUGAUAGCAGUGCUUUGCAGGUUGCAAUUCAGAAUGGACAUCUAUCCUUGGUUACUUUUCUUAUUGAUAAGAACAUUGACCUGGUUCCUAAACCCGAGCAGAAGAAUUCCCCUCUCCAUUUAGCAGUCAUUGGUAACAAUCUACCAGUAGUAAAAAGCCUUUUGGAUGCCAAUCAUGAUAUAAACUCCUUAAACAAUAGGCAGGAAACCCCUCUGCAUUUGGCAGCUGAUCUUGGUAAUGUGGAGUUGGUGGAAGUGCUGCUUAAGGCAGGAUGUGAUCUCAAGGCCAUGGAUAAGCAUGGAAAAACUCCACUAGCUGUGGCAUCAAGGAGCAAUCAUGCCCUCAUUGUAGAUAUGAUCAUUAAAGCAGAAAGGUAUUACACCAUGAAACAGACACAUCUAGCUCAUAGUGAUGUUGGCUCAGACUUCAGCUUUUCCUUCAAACAAGAUCACAGUAUACAGACCAAGCAAAUCCGUUCCUCCCUUUGGAAUCUAGCAUACAACCAGUUAAAACCCCGUGAAUGGAAAAAACUGGCCAUAUUCUGGAAGUUCACAGAUGAACAAAUUAAAGCCAUUGAAGAACAGUGGACAGGGAAAAAAAGUUACAAGGAACAUGGAAACAGAAUGUUGCUCAUCUGGUUACAUGGGACACUGCUGGCUCAUCAGAAUCCUGUCAAACAUGUAUAUGAAGAUCUCAUGGCAGCAGGAUUUCAGCCUUUAGCUGAGAAGAUCAGAACUUCAAUUAGCACUGGCAUGGACUCCAGAAAAUGUGCAGUUUCAUGAGUUCAUCAAUAAAACAUGGCAUAUAUGGUGGAAUUACGUGCCAGAUGGAAAGUGACUUUCAAAUAAUAUCUUUUCUGGAAACAAAAACCUCUUUUGAAGUUGUACAACGUUUUCCAAGCUAGAAGAACUUGCACUCCAGAAAUGUAGGUUACUUCUUUGUCAAAUGCUUGCUAUACAACAAUUUAAAGAAUUUAAGAGUGAAUGGCUGACUGGUGAUUUAUGACUAUACUGCUAAGCAAGAGCCACCCCUUACAAUUUCUACACCUCACUUAACAUUGAUACACUAAUUCCAUACUGGAACUGCAAAUUAAUUUUAUGUUUGACAUGAAAUAUAAAUAAGAUGUUUUCUACCUGAAAAAAGGUCAAAUUUAAUAAGUAAAAAUUAUUAGUAUAAAUAAAUCAACACUUCCAGAAAUAGGCUGGCACCUGGCCUCAUCUGAGAUUCAGCUUUCCAUAAAGUCUUCCUAGGAUUAUGACAAGUCAUUCUUCUUCAGCAUUUGAAUUAUAUAGUGAAAAUACAAAAAAAUGUCAUGUCUAAACUCAAGUGUGUCUGGCUACAGACUUUUCUGUCAUGCUGUAUACAUACUCCAAAAAGAACAUUUGAUAUUUAAUACUUAACACAUCUAGAAAUUAUCUACCUAUUUCUUGUUCAUAUCUUGAAUUAAUAUUGGUAGUGCCUUGCUGAACAUAUUUAAAGGUUUUCUCAUUUAAUAUAUUGCAUAUCUGAAAAAUUAUGUAAAAUGUCUAUCCUCUUUAUAACAACACAGCAAUAUGUAAUGGAAGAAUUGAAUCACCUUUUCUGUUUGUAUAUAAUCUGCAUUAUUUUGGACAGAAUCCUACUGUUUGUACUAAAAAGAUAAUCUGUAUCUUUGUGUGAAGUUUUACACCAAACUGCCCUCUUGUGUGCAACCUAUUUUGACAUGUCUGCAAAGCAUCACAGGAAUAUGAAGAACAGGCUGGUAAAUCCUCAAAUUAUGGAAUGCAUGAAGUUCUGCAACAUUAGCUUGAAAAAUGAGAACGUUUAAGAAUUUGAUGAACUCAGUACCUCACCUGGCCCAAGCUGCACCCUGGGGUGUGAAGGAUACCACCCUGUUGUUCUUCAGUCAAGUACACUAAGAUGUAGGAUAUAAUUAAGGUGCAUGUCAACUACACUUACUCACAUAAGCAACUAAAAGCAUUUAUAACAAAAAUAAAUUUAAUUUUCUCUUGAACACAGAUGUUAGUAUCAUUGGAACUAAACAAAGAGAUUCAGACAAAAAUCACAUUGUAUCCUUUAUUUAAAAGUGUGCAAAAGAUUCCUUAAAUAGAAAGGGUUUAUCUUAAUAAAAUAAGUUCCCAAGUAGUUUGGAGGUAGAACAACAGUUCAAGUUUUUUUCCCCUCCAGAUGUUUACUACAAAAGCACUUUAAAAAAAACCCCUUUUUUUAGCAAAGGGUAAAAACAUGAUAUGUACUUUAAGCCCUACUACAUCAGAUCUGAAAAGACUGGGAGGAGGUACCUUGAUAAAAAAACCCCACCAGUGAUAAUGAUAUUCACUCAGUCAACAACUUUAAUUGACUGAACACUGGUAGAGGUCUGGCCCUGAAGCAUUCGCCCAGCUUGUCCUGCAGGUCUCGCAGUGGUAGAGCCAGAAGAAUGGAGCACAGUUCGAGGAUAUUUAGCAGCAGUGGCUUGCGAUACAGUUUGCUGAAAAGUAAUCAGAUACAUCAAAACACUUAGUGGUACAAAAAAAUUCCCAUUAAAUUAGCCCCAGCUGAGCUGUAGUUUAAACAAAGAUUUGCAAUCUAGCAAAUUGAAAUACACUUACCAAAACAGAAAAAAAAGGGUUACUUUAACAGAACGAGUAAUUUUUACCUUUCUUAUCUGUAAUACAGUUUUUAGAAUGUAAAGUGCUAAACUUCUAACUAGCUAUCUUGAGCUUUUAUCACCUCAAUCUUAUUUCAAGGUUGGUUCGUUUGGUUUUUUUUUACCAAAUCAUUCAGAAUUUUCCUCUGUAGUGCUAAUUUCAUCAUGCCAGCUUUCCUUUUGAAGCUUAUUAUUUGCUAUGAGGAAGCCUCUGAAAGAUCUCUGAAAGGAAAAGUUUUGCAAUUUUAUCAACAAUUAAUUUUCUGCACAAAAAACUAGCCACCUUAGUGUAAUAAACAGUAGUUAUUCUGCUUUUAAUCAAGGGAAACUCUCUCCCUUCUCAGAUUAACUCGAGAAAUAUUUCAAUCUGAUUGUCUUCCACUUAGACAUUUAUUUGCAGAAGGAGUAUACAGAAUAUAUCUUGAGGUGGGGUUUCACAUUUAUUACAUUUUCAGAAAUCAGUUUUUGAUACAGUGUUCAGGUACAUUCUUUGUGACACUAGUCACACACUCUGAAUCCAGAAAUUGUUCUUAAUGAAAUAAUUAUCACACUGAACCUCUAACCCUCUAAGGACAUACAACUUAAUUAUGAAUAUCUGCUUAGGAGCCCAAAUUCUAGAAAGCUGCGUGCAGCCUGCCAUAGGGCUCUGAGUCACUGCAGGAAAUGGGGGAAAGCAGAACAUUCCUCACACAGCUACCAGUAACUCCAGCCAGAUUAAGAGACAUGAAGUAGCUCUGCUUGCUCUGGUUGUAUCACUGAAAAGAAACCGGACUUUCAGAUAACACAGAGAAAACUCAGAUCCUAUUUUACAGGUUAUAAUAUAACAAAAAGUAUCUUCAGUUGUUCCCUAUACCUCCAGGUAAAACCAUUUUUUGUUCAGACUGGUCUAUAUGUGUAGUGAUUGCCUAGGCCAUUUAGGCCACUUUUAUAGUGCUCUUAAAUAUUGCUUCUAUAUCCUAUGAAUGCAACUAUUUCAGUGUUUUCUUCAGGAUAAAUACAGAGAAUAGGAUUCAAAAUACAACAAGCAGCAGACUUGACAAAUUUGAUUGCCUCUGGACAAGGGUUUUACUUUUCCCCCCUUGCCAUUUGCUAAGCUCAGCAUGUCAGGUGAGUCUGUACCUCUACCACCUCUGCUUCAGUCACUCCUGCUCUAUACCAUGACUUGUCUUUAAACUGUGGUGGCAUGGUGAUGACACCAAACCUUGCUGGAUCAACUACUUCUCAUGGAAGAGCUGGCUAAGAAAGAGAUACGAGACUACUAUACCUGUGAAAUAAUUACUACAGAACUAAGACAAAUAGAUUAAAGUGGCAAUCUCCUCAGCAGAGCCUUCUACCCAGUCCAAAGACUGCAAGUACUGUUUUGCUAUUUUAAACAGGACUCAAGUCUGAGUUUUGUCUAAUAUCGCUUCACAAUAUAAUUUUUCUUUAAACUAUAACCAAAUGUAUUGUAAUAAGAAUACUGUAACAAACAUAAUUCUGACUUACCUGAGUGACUGGAUGAUGUUUCUCAACAAUGACUGAACUCAUGGGUGGAGCAACUCCCAUCACAGCUAAACUUCCACAAGUUCUGGAUUUUUGUCCCAUAUCAGCUCUGCCUGUGAUACGAGCAGUGAUUGUUCUUCCUGCUUUCUGUUGAGCAGAUGUUACUACUUUUGCCAUGGGCUAUAAGUAAAUUAAAUAUUAGUUGGUAAAAAAUUCUAAACAUAAUAUCUACAGUGCUCUAAUAUUUUUGCUUAGUUUUAUCUGCCGGAUGCCUAAAUGGACCACGUGAUGUUGCAGGUAGUCCAGUUAUGUUACACAGGACUGAAUUUGCUCCACCUACUUGCAACCAUCUUUUUCCAUGCUAAGUAAGAUAUAGCAUUUCAGGCAAAUGACUUCUGUCCUGAGGGGAGCUAGGCUAAUUUGACAAAAAUCCAGCAGCAUGGAUAGCUUUGCUUUGCUCACUGACUGCAUACUCAAGUGACAGCUGAAGGUACUUCAAUGUGGAAAGAAAGCCUUUCUAGCAAGGACAGAGCAGAUACCAAAAAACUUCCAUGCAUAUAAUGCUGCAUCUCUCUCUGACAGCUGAUAGCAAACUGUGUCAGAUGGGGAAAAGAAAGGAGAGCAGUUUAGCAACAAGUACAGAAAAAGGAAUGAGAAAACACUUCAAACAGCAGGAUAAUGAAGCAAAGCAUACUCUUUCCAUAACAAAAGGGUAUCAAGUCAAACAUUAGUUGUUCCUAUUGCACUAUACGUAAGUGUACAUACAUUCUUCUGUUCCUUAUUUUGCUACACUUCUGCCUCCUCAACUCCAAAAUGAAUUUAAAAUUGCUCUCAGUGUACAUAGGUUUAUGUAACAUUAAUGAGCAUUUGCAAGCUAGUGUCUUCACACAGCUAUUGAAACUCUACAGCACUGUCCUCAACUACAUAUCUGUGUUGCUCUGAAAAAUGCAGAAAUUACAAUAUCCAAACUAAUAUUUGUUAUAACUGUACCUUAAAAUAGAAAAAAAGAAAAAGGUUAAUUUUAGCUUGUUACCAGUUUUUGAGUUGAUGUCACACCAGAUCCUGUUGCUGUGCUAGUGAUGAUUACUGGAGAAUCAGAAUCUAGCCUGGUCUGAGAAGUGCUUGCAUGACUAAAGUGGCUAGAAAACUGUGAAUAAAACCAGAGUUUACAAAGAAUGAAUAUAACUUUCCAGAAAAUAAAAUUUUACUCUUUAGAAAGUCAGGUUUUUUACUAUUCUAAUUAUCCUUCUAAUUUUAAUGUCUUUGCAGAUAUUUUACCUUUAUUGUUCCUGUUUAUUAGCUAAUUUAAAAUCACUUGUCUAAAAAUUGUAGAAAGGGUGUGAAUAGCAUUUGUCACUAUUAGAACAAUAAAUCAGGAGAGAGGCACACACAUCUUUGUUUUAACCUACACUUUGGCAUGAAAUGGUUUUACAGUGGCAAUGUUUUCUGGAUGACUCCAGGGCAGGUCUAGAACAACCAAGCUACUGGAUAAUAAUCUGGCUAAGCUGACAUGACAAUACACUGAGUUCCCUCUGUGCCUAUAUGUGUUACACCCCUAAAAAAGAAGCUUUAAGGCAAGCCAGCUUUUCUUCUUUUCAGAGUAUUUUCUUAAAAAUUUUCUUAAAAAUUCAGGCAUUUUUAAGAAAAACUCAACAGCUUUUUUACAUAAAGAACCUUGGAGAGCAAAUUCUGCUUAUUGUAGUGAUCUUGUCUUCAUUAGUGUAAUGCAUUUUCACCAAAAUAAAAAACAAAGCUUACUGAAAGUACAGCAAGUCACAGCAGCUGUGCUCCAGUCACUUCAUAUUCACAAUUCAAUCUGAACAUACCCACAGGUUUCCUUUCAUACUUUGACUCUCUUCAAAAAACUCCAACCAAGGAAGUUCAGUUUCAUUUCUAGCAAAUACAGUUCUGUUCCAGGAAAACACUUACCAUGCCUUCCAGCUGAAGAGUAGUUGCUGGUGGAGGUGGUGGCGAGGGUGGAUUAUAUUGUGAAGAAGGUAGCCUUCCUGCAACAGUGGUACCAUUAUCAUUUCUCCUACUUCCUAUAUCUAUUAUUAGAAACACAAAGUAAUGGAAUCAGCACAUAAUCUAGCAAAUCUUAAGGGGGGAGAAGGGGGAAGAUAAGUUACCAUAAAAAUUUUAGUAUUUCUUUGGGAUUUCUGUAUCUAAUUCUGUAUCUAUCUAUAUUCUAUCUAAUGAGAAGGAUCAGCCUGUUCCUUAUAGGUGUACACAUGUAAAACAAACAUUCCCGUACUCUACCUGUCUUUUGAGAUGCUUGGAAAUGUUUUUCAAGGGGCUGCUUUCUGUGUUAUGUCUCAACAUCCCUGUGGCAUUUGUCACAUACUUCUACUGCAAAGAACAGAUUCUUCAUAUUGCUUGACAAUAUUAAAUCCAGUGUGCAGGAGCUGCUCUUAUACAAAGGGCCAAAAUCCAGUUUAGGUAGAGAACAGCAAAACACAGAAAGAUCAUACUGGACUUUCAUGAGGAUUCAAGAUCCCUAAGGGGGCUUACUGGCAGUAAAAUAAAAUGUUACUUUAACUUUCCUGAUAAUACAGUGCAAUUUCAAGAAGCCGUAGCUCACACUCACAGUGUCUUAUCGCCACAUAUAAUGGCUGGACACUGGCCACAUCCUGGCUGUAGGGUUGGGAUUAUCUACAGGCACCCUACAGCCCUUGUGUCCGCUCACCAGGUUACGCUGGGUAAGCCUGAGCUUGCGCAAAAUCCAUCCAGGAUUCUUUUGUCUUAAAAUGCAGACAUCCUGGGGAUGUCAGAUCUACAGACAUAAGCCAGUAUCUUUUCCAAGCCUUUUCAGCCUUUUCCUUUUAGAGGAACUUCAUUAAAGAAAGGAGAGAGAGGUGUUCUUAUUUACUCUCCUAUUUCUGAAGCAGCUGAUGGCAGCAGGAGUUCCAAGACAAUGGAACUUUGCUCAUUCCAGGGACUAGAGUGACACCAUGUGGUAGUAGCAGUGUUUGGUUUUCUACUAUUCUUUGAAGUAAGCAGGAAAAAUAAAAGGAAGGUGCUUCAAGUCAGUGCAAUGUUCAUAGAUUUCAAGAGUGAAAGAAUGUCAGAAUAUGCAUUUUGUACAUAUCUAUGUAUGCACACACACAUUAAGCUUAAGCACAGACAGGACCAAUGCACAGUUACAGAACAAUCAGAUAUGAUCUACAUUAUUUAAAAAAAGCUUUAGGGUUUUCAUAAGCAAAAAGUCACGAGUUCUUGUGAUUUCGAUGUUCCCUUAAAUACGUAAAGAGGUUAAAAAUAAUCUUCAUAUACUAAUAACAAAAAAAGGUCUAAAUCACUGAGAUAACUUUUACACCAUCAACACUGACACUAAGUGUUAUGGACCCAUGAAGGUUGUAAUACUCACACACUAUUAAUAACCUACAUUAUAAUGUAUAGGAUAUGUGUGUUAUCUGUAUAUUGUACGUAUAUUAAACAUACAUUAUAAUAACCUAAUACUAAAUCUCUAAAGGGACAAAAUUCUGCUUUUAUUUCCAAUGACAGUAGGUGGCACUGCAGUGUUCAUUUAAAUUUAUGACUGAUGGAAGUUUUGAUGUCCAUAGAUUACAAGACUAGAACAAAGCACAAUUAUCAUCUACUCUGAUGUUUGAAGUCCCUGACGUCCUGAUUACUGUUCUAACUGAUGAAGAAUGCAAAUCAACAGGUGUACAACCCUAUAAAUAAUUAUGUAACUAACUUCAUUAAAACCACCAUCUGGCUGUAGCAAGAAAGAGAUAGUGUGCCUGUGGCAGGGGAGAAGGUGGUAUGAGAGGUGGACUGCUUGGGACCAAGGACAACAGAGUCUGUGAGAUGUUAUGAAGUCUGAUUAAAAAGCAUAAUGCUGGACACACAAAAAAUUAGUGACAGGUACCAUAACGUCCAGCACAGAAAAAUCUUUACAUAUUGUGCUGGUGCAGAGUAUCAGUUCCAACUUCAUAGUAAAAAUCAAGGAAUAUCUUUGGUCCAUGAAACUCAGGGGUUGAUCAUGGCUGCUCUAGAACUCAUUUUUCUUCAUUUCCUCCCUACUUACCCUCUUCUUUUCAGGUCUACAGAAACAAUGUUUUUGUUUCACACCAUCUAUCAUUACUAGGGAUGUUGUCUGUUCCAUGUUUUUUGAAAACAGUAAACAAACAAAUAAAAGCUAAAGCUUCAAUAUAGAGUAGUUCUUAAUUAAUAACAGUGAAAAAUAAAGUGCUUGGGAAAUGCUGUGUAAUUUUAUUUCCAGACUCAGUAUAUUAAAAAAAUCCUUUGUUCUUGACUCUCUCUAAAUACUGAUCCUAUGUUUUUAUAGCACACAGCUACUAUAUUAGCCAGUGUCAUAUGAAUUUCUAAGCAACUGCACAAAUACUGCUUAUGUUUCAUAGGCUUAGACAGCCCCUCGGGUAAGUAUCCUCCUACACCUUCUUCGGGUUUUUAUUUCCUCUUCAUAUCUACAUUUUUUGGUGAAGAAUUUCUCCAAUGUAAUUCAGAAACUUCUGUAUAAGAUUGUUAAAUUUAGCAACUGAAGCUACUUGUCUAAGGACAUUAACCACUGCUGUCAGUACAGCUGGUUGUUGAGCCACAUGUACAGCUGUGACACUCCUGCUGGCACAGCUAUUUUCUCUUUAACGCAGAUUGCUGCACCAGCACGAUUAUGUUCCCACUGCUACAGAUUGUCUCAGUCUGAGGGGGUGAUUUCAUUACAUCAGUAAGCGUGCACAGCUCUUUCCUGUGUAGCUGCACGGGUUUUACGGGUAUGCUGCUGAUAUAAUUAGACUGGUGUUUCCUGUUCUGGCAUAAAAUUACAACUAAAUGCAGAACCUGAGAGAUUGCUUGCCCUUUUUAUAUUCAAAAGCAAGACUAAGAAAGAAGGGAGAGCUGUCUGGGAAAAGCUGAUUCCUUGCACACCGAGAUUCCAGAGCAUAAAGGUAUUUUCAGGAUUUCCCCUUCACUCCCCUGUAAUACAGCAUUUUAAGAAGUUUCCCACCCUUGGCUUCUUGUUCUGCCUUCAGAUGCAGAUUACCACUCUCCCAGCAACGUGGGAUGAAGAAAACACGUUCUUCCUUUCAGCUAUAGCACUACAAAGUUCCGCAUCAGAAUUUCUCAACAUAUUCAACAGGACUUUUUAAAGCAAUAGAAAUUUAAUAAACUUUGUAUUGCUACAAGUUACCAAGUUAAAAAAAAAAAACACAACAAAAAAGGCAAAAAGGAACUCUGUUAAAACAAACAAAAAAUCCCAAACAAACCCAAUGAAAAUGCACAUGCACUACCUGAUUAGAGCUGCUGUUCAUACUAACCAGGAUCUGGCCUACUGUCCUUGCCCUGAAACAUGGUCAUUGCUUCCAGAUUCAAAGCACAUACACCCCGCAUAAAGGCUUUCUUCAUGGUGUCUUCAUACUGAUCCCUUUCACUGUGCAGUCGCAGAAUCUCAGCUUUUGUCCGUUCCAAAUUAGCAGUUAGCUACGAAACAGAAUAAGAAAACUUCUCUUGGACUUAUGAAUGCAAACUACAAACAUAAUAAUCAAUUUGCUUUAAAAGUCACUUACUAUAUUUACAAAGAUAUGCAUUUGAACUCCAAAAUCUCUGGUUCACCAGAGAUGAACAGCUACUUGUAACUUCUUUGUACUACAGCACAAUACUAGUGCUAGAGCAUAUCCAGGAUGAGAGGACUGUCAGACCCUACCUAACCAACUAAGCAGAAAUGUAUCUUGCAAGCUUUUGUCUUCUAGAAGUUAGGCAUCUGGCAUAACCUAGAGUUCUGCAGAAACAUGGGUUCACUCAACAGAAGUGAACAGUAAGUGUUCUCAGACAAUUAUUUAAGCAUAGGGUGAAUUGUCACCACCAAUCUCUUCUUCAGAUACUGUAAAAAACUAAAAAUGCUGAGAAAAAAACAGACCAAGUUACUUUUGUAAUUUACUACUUACAGUUUUUGUGCUGGUAAGUCACAUUUGGUAAGCCUGUUCCUAAAAUUCUAAGUUUAAUUUCUUGUUGAAAUACAAAGCUCUUAAAACUUAUAUUUUAAAACUGUUUACUUGCCAUGCACCAUGCACAGGUUGACAACUUCACCUUAAGCUCUGAAAAUUCUUUAACAAACUUAAUUGGCACAUUAAAGGCAAAUUUCAGCUUUUAACAGAAUAGCUAUUACAGAAAAAGUACUGUACUCAUCAUGAUCAUUCAGAAUAAUAAUGGUCUUCUUCAUUAAAACCUCAUAAUGCGUAGCCAAUAUUAACAGGACGCUGUUAGAAAACAGACAGCAUUCCUAUUGGUGGGCAAACAGAGAUUCGUCUCAUUUCAGGAAAGUCCAAUUUAUUUCGUUUGUGCAUGCAGAUCAGCAACAUUUUAUAGCAGAUGCAGGAAAAAAAGUCACAUCUAAAAACAUAACAUCUUAUAUCCACUCAGAUCUUCUUGUAUAGCUAGGAGCUCUGUUCUGCUGGAAAAUCCUCACGUUUUUCAGAUUUGCUGAGAAGGAGAUACUUUGGAGGGAUGGGAAUUGGCAGCAAAGGAGUAAAGAAUAAAAAAAAAAGAAAUUUGAAUUUACCUCUGCAAUUUUGGCUUCAUAAUCAUUGGUGAGCUGAACACAGACAUCUUCUGCCCUCAACUGACAGGCUCUUGCUACUUUAUCUCUCCAUUUUUCUUCACUAAGAGAGCGCCACGCUGCCCACACUUUCUUCAACAAAGUUG